AAGAAAUAGAUAUUCACGGGUGAGAAACCAGUAACAAAAACAUUCUCCACUAUUUAACUUUCCCGUUGUUCUCCUCGUUUCGAAGAAAACCUUUUUCUGGGAAAAAAGAAAAAAACUGAACCGAAAAUAAAAUCCUAUAAUCUCACAAAUUAAAAUAUUAUAAUAGAAAUUUUUUUAACCUAACAGACUUUUCCAUUUAAUCUUUGAAUCCAUUGGCAAAUCGAGCAAAAUCAGGGAACUAGAAAAGAAAAAAGUGCUCCGGGAUGGGGGACGUGUAUUGUUCAGACUGCAAGCGGCAGACGGAGGUGGUUUUUGAUCACUCGGCGGGAGAUACGGUGUGUUCGGAGUGCGGGUUGGUUUUAGAGUCACACUCGAUCGAUGAGACGUCGGAGUGGAGAACCUUCGCAAACGAGUCGGGUGAUAACGAUCCCGUCCGUGUAGGUGGUCCCACCAACCCGCUUUUGGCGGAUGGCGGUUUAUCUACUGUUAUUGCUAAGCCUAACGGUGCUUCUGGUGAGUUCCUCUCGUCUUCGUUGGGUCGCUGGCAGAACCGUGGGUCGAAUCCGGAUCGGGGGUUGAUUGUAGCUUUCAAGACUAUUGCUACCAUGUCUGAUAGGUUGGGUCUCGUUGCAACUAUCAAGGAUCGAGCCAAUGAGAUAUAUAAGAAGGUGGAAGAUCAGAAGUCUAGCAGAGGAAGAAAUCAAGAUGCAUUGUUGGCUGCUUGCCUAUACAUUGCUUGUAGACAAGAGGACAAGCCUCGCACUGUCAAGGAAAUUUGCUCUGUUGCCAAUGGAGCCACAAAGAAAGAAAUUGGCCGAGCAAAAGAAUACAUAGUGAAACAACUGGGAUUAGAGACUGGCCAGUCUGUGGAGAUGGGAACCAUACAUGCCGGUGACUUCAUGAGGCGUUUUUGUUCCAAUCUUGGUAUGAAUAAUCAAGCAGUUAAAGCUGCCCAGGAAUCAGUUCAGAAGUCUGAGGAGUUUGAUAUAAGGCGAAGCCCGAUAUCAAUUGCAGCUGCUGUUAUUUAUAUCAUAACACAGCUGUCUGACGAUAAGAAGCCUCUUAGAGAUAUUUCACUUGCUACAGGAGUUGCAGAAGGGACAAUCCGAAAUUCGUACAAGGAUCUUUAUCCCCAUCUGGCAAAGAUAAUACCAAGUUGGUAUGCCAAGGAAGAAGAUCUCAAGAAUCUAUGUAGUCCUUGAAGUUAACAACAGACAAUAAUGAGAAUACACAACACACACACAAAAAAAGGGCCCUCAAAUUGGCUGAGUUCUUGGAAAGUUCCAAGAAUGUUCUUUUUUUUUUUUUUUCUUUCUCAGUUUUCCUACUUGACUUUACCCUUAAGAAUGGUAAGGGAGGUAAUGUGGAUAAGAUGGUCUUAAGGUUUUUUUUUUUUGGGGGUACUUAGUGGUCUUAAGUUAUUUACCGAUAAAUUUUAGUUAAUUUAGUUAACGUAUGAACUUGCAGCAAA